GAUAACAGUCAACCUACCACGUGCGUAACAGAAAUCAGAAUCCAAAAUCUAAAAUAGUAUUCGAUUUUUAAAAGGAUGACAUUUAUUUUAACCAUAAGUGUAAUUAAUAUACAGCUAUAGAGUAUAUUUUAGUUAGUAAGACUUUUACUACUAUGCAAGAGAUAACAAUAAUUCCGUGGUCGUCGGAUUUUAAUUUUUUUUUUCCAUAAUCGGUUAUACUUAGUUCCGAGUGGCAGUCGGUCAGAAAUGACAUAUACAAUAUAAAAAAUAUACAGAGUUUCAAACGAGCACUGAGAUCGCUUUUGAUAUGGAAAAGUAAAAGAAUUACCACGUGCCAUACAUUGCACUGAACUAAUAUUACAAGUUAUCGUUAAAGAUUCUUACUUUGGCGAAGGUACAGAAAUAUCCGAUAAAGACGAUUUAACACGAUUAUACUCAAUGGCACUAAUGAGGUUUAUCAAUGUCAUAGCUGACAUUUCAGGUAAAGGUCCGCAGAAAUCGAUGUACGCCAGAGCGGCAAGUAUAGAACUUCCACACUGGUUGAUUAAUUUAAGACAUAAAAUUUCUCAUGAUCAAGAAUUACCUGCUAUCGAAGAACUUAGGGCAGCCAUAGAGUUUCUAUUGGAAUGGCUACAAACAAAAUAUUGGAAUGUUGAUGAAAAUUUUCAAAUUGCUACACCAAAUUUAAACAUGGAUGUCAUCAAUGAAUUUACAGAUCUAAUCGAUUUCUAUGUGUUGAACAGAACGUCGUCUAAGGAUCCUACCAUAAUGGAAAAGUUAAAUGUUGCGAGGCAAAAAUUACUAUCAGAAUCAACACUUUCAAAUGACUCAAAAAUGUAUAAAAAUUGUGUUAAGAAAAUCAAACUUUUGUUGAGCGACAGAGCAUCGUCAUCAAUGUUGAUAAAUGUGUUUUGUACACGUUAUUUGCUUCAUUCGCAGAAGCACAAAAUCGCAAAAAAUAGGAUUUCUGGAUUAGAUAAAAUCACUUGGAGCGUCUUGCUAAAAGUGAUAUCAAAUUUAGGUUUAUUGACAAAUCUAUUGCAAUGUCUGGUCGUUCAAGAAUCGCUUAUUUCUGCUCUAUGGGUCGUUGAACUCUGCACUGUUCUUUUCAAGAGUAGUGAAAAGCGGAACUGUAAUCAUGAUCAAUUUGAUGAUUGCUUUGGCGACAAACGACUGACUGUAGACGCUAGUAUUAUUUUAAAAUCGGCAGUAAAAUCACCUCAUAAGUACACAAUUGUAUUUUUAAAAUGGCUGAUGCGGUUACAAGUCCGCCCGUUAAAUACGUCAAAGCAAAUAAGACUCCUUAAAUUGAUAUCUAUGUACACCGGUUCGGUAAAGUAUGAUUCUAAUUUGAAAGACCAUAUUUACACGGUGGACGAUUUGAUUAAAAAGAAGGAAGUCGAUCAGGAGCAAUCGCCGUGGUCCUUAGCUGUGGGUCAAAUAAACUGGCAACAAACUCCACUCGGUACCAGUAAUUAGAAAUAUGUUUUUUACUUAUCAAUUAAUAAUAUACGAGAUAUGACCACAGAGAGUUUUUGUUUUUUUCUUUCACGACCAAUUAGUAUUGUUAUUUGAAUUUUCUAAAAAAAAAAAAGAUUUUCUACUUAACAAUUUGCAGCAUGGCUAAAAACGUGAAUUAAAAAAUAAAAGUAUACAUAAUAGCAUCAGUUUAACAUUUAAGCUAAAUAUAAAACAAAUAACAUAAAAAAAACAGAAGAAAAAAUUGCUGUAAGCGUGAAUUAUGACC